UGACAGGCAGGCAUGCAGAUUGACUGGUUGGCUGUUUGACUAGCUAGCUGGCUGGCUGGUUGGCUGAAUUGUUUGGCUGCCUAAUGUGGUGCUUGGUAGGAAAUGUGUACUUUAGUACCAUUUCACAUUCAGGCGAAGAAACAGCAUGUUCGUGUUUCAAACAUGCUAAAAAUAAUUCAACUCGUAAAUAAGUCUAAAUAUUUCAAAAUUCUGUUGUGUUGUUUGUUUUGAAAAUUACAAUGAAAAUUCGAUUCGAAGUUUUCAACAUUGUAAUUAUUAUUAAUAAUAGUUCAUAUUAUUGUUGCAUACAUAAAAUGAGUAACAAAUUGACUAAUUGUUUUUAGACGUUCUAAAACGAAAGUGAAAUAACCCCAUGUUUUUUAUAAAACUUUUAGAUCAUUCAAUUCGUCACAGUAAAGAAUUUUACAAUUUUCAAACGAAAUUCAUUGAACAUUUGGAAUUUUGACAUAAAAAAUAUACAUAUGAAAAAGUAAACAAAUUUUUGUGAUUUAUAUAAAAAACCCAAUUUGUAACACAUUCGUUUGCUGACGAAUCGUUUGUUUAGAAAAACGUAAAUUUUAUAAAAACAGGCUGUAAAUAUCUAUAAAAAAAAACAAAACAAAAAAAUAAAUAAAGAAAAUAUAAUUAUGAAUGUGAAAACAAAAACAAAUGCAUUAAGAUAACAAUUCAUGUAAAUAACAACAGUUGUUUGUUGCAAGACACACCAGCAACAACACAAUAUACACAACAAAAAAUAACGCAUAUAAAUAAAUAAAUAAACCGUCAUAAUGUUAAAAAGUUCAAAAAGUAUGAUCUCCACAACAUACGAUCAAUUAUUAAAUGUCAUACAGAAAAUAAAAAAUUGUUAUCAACAUCAUCAUCGUCGUUAUUUUAAUGACCUAUUUUAUAGUUGCAACAACAACAACGACAUAACAACAAAACAAAACAAACGUCAAAAAAGAAUACCCCGAAACAGAAGAAAAAACAAACUAAAAAAUACCGAAUAUCGAAAUAGCAAUAGUAUCAAUAAUAGUAUUAGUAGUAAUAAUAAUAGUAGUAAAAAUAGUACUACAACUAAAAGUGUUGCCAACAACGCGUGUUAUUGUUGUGCCAAUUACUAUGGAAUUAUUAGUGGAGUGAAUUUAAGUUAUUUUCAAUUCACCGAAUAUCUGCAAUAUAUUUGGCUUUAUUUCCAAAAGAAUUUCAAUAACAUACAAUUAAUGAUUGUGAUAUUUAUAUUAACCCUAAUAACGAGCGCAGCGCAUAGUAUAGACCCUCAGGAGAAGCCUCAACAGAAACCAACUGCUACUAGUCCACCAUUAUUGGGCGCAUUAAACGAUGCUGUCUCAAUACCAUUAAAAAAUUUUAACGAAUCCAUAUAUAACAUGUCCUGUUACCAUAUUCCACAUACUGUACAUAAAAGAACGGAAGCCACAAGCCUAAAAUUCAAAUCGAAUAUUUGUCACAGUCUUAGACACCGACACCGCAACGCCCAAAGGCAUCCUCAGUUGCAUACACAUACAAUUUCAAACAAUCCAGCCACCAAUGACAAGAACUCUUCGAAUUGGUUGGUCAACAAGAAAAGUAUUUCGGGCAGUGACCAAACUCCAAUACAAAUCCAUUAUGAACAUGAUCACGAUCAUCAGCCGCCUCUAGAUGAGUCAAGUGUCUCAAUAAUGGAUAAACAGACACACAACUUUAAAUUCAAUUCAAAUGUAAUUAAAUUUAAAAAUAAUAAUAAUAAAAAUAUGGCCAAAGAAUACGAUGAUCUACGUAAAAUUAACAACUCGAAAAACAACAGGUUAUUACAGCACAUUCGUACAAAUAAUAAUAAUAAUGAUAAUAACAAUAAUUAUAAUAACAAAAACAACAUUAGUAAUAACAAACUAACAUUUAAGCUGAAUACACCAAAAGAAGAUGCAAAUGACAUAACUAAUGAUGAUGAUGAUGUUGAAAUUGAAAACUCGUAUAAGCCACUUAAUUUAUUGCCACCUGUUACAACAAUAACUUUAGGUAAAACAAUCAAUGAUUCCUCCCUUCAAUCCGCUAUUGAUCGAACGGAUCAUCCGCAACAACAACAACAACAACACCAACAUAUCGAUCAUAGCCAACUAAUGAAAUUAGUAAUUAAUGGACUGGGUUUAAAAAAAGCCCCAAAUAUGAAAACUGUCAACAUAAGCCAAGAAGAGUAUGUCACCAAAUAUCGGGAAUAUUUGCAACGUGUUCAUAAGCGUAAACGUCGGGAGUUACGAGACGUUCUUGGCGAGUACGAUGAAAAUAUUUUAAGACCAUUAGAAAUAUUGAGCAUAGUAAGCAGCAGUAGUUCAUUAUCGAGUGAGCACCAAGAACACACAUCAUACAAUGAAAUCAACCUAAUGCGGCAAAAGAGAAAUGCUCUAGUACAUAACAAUCGUAAACACGAAGAACAUGACGAUGACGACGACGAAACAGCUGAUGACGAUGAUAGUGGUAGGAAGCAAACUCUGGAAGAACGCGUCAAAGAUAUUUUAUUAUUGAAAAAAAAAUAUCAGAAACCUAGGAGUACGAAAAAGGCAAGAGAUGAACGUAAGACCAAUAUACGCUUAACGUUUGCUCUUAAACCUGAAAUUUUAAAUUUAAGCUCUAGUGAUAUCGAAGAAGCAAACAUAAGACUGGUACUUAUUCAUAGUCCCAUUUUAGCUAUAAGAAAUUCUAAAAAUAAGAAAACAAAUACAAAACCUAAAAACAGUUCAUGCGGUUUGAACAAAAGCGAAGGCCAAAAAAACCCCCGACAAGUAAAUGUAUUAAAUUUAAAAUUGUACUUUAUAAACAGAGCCGGCAAACGUUCCUGGUUAGAUGGGCGAAAAGUCGACAUACACGUAGACCUAACUAAGCCCGAUGGAACCCAUACGCAAUGGCUACAGUUUGACGUAUCGAAGGCGGUAAAAACGGCAAUCGAGAACAAAGGACUGCAACAUGUAGUUUUAGAAUUGCAGUGCGACAAUUGCAAGCGCAUUGGAGCUCGGAUACUGAAUGAUGCGUACAACACGGCUACUGAUGCUUUGGCAGCCGACCCCUUGACCGAGGGUCAGCAACUUAUGCCUGUGCUAAAUAUCAUUGGUCAUUUCGAUCAGGUCCAAGGCUCCAUGAGACCUCACAAGUAUGACAGCUAUCACGGCGACCCUCAUGAGGAAGCCACAACACAACACCAUUACCACCAUCAUACUUACGACAGCAACAACAACAAGAAUCGUCAGAACCGCCGUACUAACUGCUACAAGGCUAAUCAACGCUGCUGCCGCCAUUCGAUGGAGGUGACUUUUAAAGAAAUUAAGGGAUUCGAAUUUAUAAUACAACCAAAAGUUUUUGAUGCCGGAUACUGUCAUGGCCGUUGUCCACCCCGUUAUAAUCCAGCGCAUCACCAUGCUAUGCUGCAAAGUCUUAUUUGGAAACAGAAUCGCCACAAAGCUCCACGCCCCUGUUGUGCCCCUUCCAAAUUGGUCGAAUUAGAAGUAUUGCAUGUCGACGAAAAGGACAGCGAAAAAUUAAAAAUAUCUACUUGGAGCGAUAUGAAAGUGGUCGAAUGUGCCUGUUCAUAGAAAAUGUAAUAAAUACCCAGUUCACACUUCGGUACAUUUUUGUCUCGAGUGAUACAAUGUUUUGCUCUAAGAGCCAUUGACUUCAAGUAUUGAGUUUAAUGAUUUCUUGCGAGCUUUAAUUUUCUGACAGUAUGGUCGUAGGAACAGAGAGAGAGUGCCCUUAGAGAACAACAUUGGUUUUCGAGACAAAAACAUUGAUAUAUCCUACUUUAAGAUCCAACUGUAAAUGCCAAAGAUAUAAAGAAAAAGUGCCACAAAAAAAAAAUUCGAAACUGUCUUGCGAAAAUACUUUAUAAUAGAGGGUGUCCGGGGAUUUUUAUUUUUUUGCCGCCAUUUAUUUCGAUGUCUGCACUUUGCGCCAUUUCAGAGGACACAUUAUCUUAUUUUUGUAAUCGUGUUUUAAGUUAAAACUUUUAACUUUUGUGGAAGAUCUUAACCCUCUAGCUCUUCUCUUUAGGGAACAAUUUGACCCCAUUUUCUAGAAAAUCAAAAAAUUACUUUCUAAAAGGACAUUUAAGUAUUAAAAUAUCCACGAAAAUGUUUGCCCGAAAAUUUCAAUGGGGGUCACUAAAGAUUCCAAAGUUGUAAAUAAUGCUCUUUAUGCUUAAUUAGCUAUAGAUGCUAUAGAUGUGAAGUCAUGUCAUCAACGUCCCAUGCUUUUGGUAGUACACUGCACUCGCGAUAAGAUUUGGUUCCCGAAGAUAUCUGGGGUCUUCAGAAAAUUGAUUUCAACAGACAGACUGACAGACGGACAUGGCUUAAUCGACUCCGCUAUCUAUAAGGAUCCAGAAUAUAUAUACUUUAUAGGGUCGGAAAUGAAAAAUGUAGAAAUUACAAACGGAAUUACAAACUUAUAUAUACCCUUCCCACGAAGGUGAAGCGUGUAAAAAGUACCAAAAAGUCCCUAUUAGAGUAUAUUUCGGAUACUCUGUUUUGAAGUGAAGCGUAUCCCAGAGAGAGCCUUCUGCAUCGAUCGAAUCAAAUAGCGGAUCUGACGGGGCUAGGUUUCGACUUCAAUUCGUAUGGUAACUAAUUUCCCUCCUUUUGAAUGAAUCAUGCUGCUCGCAAACAUUUGAAAUUGCUGUAGCAAUGAUUUUGCAAACUCUUGUUGAAUUUUACAAAAAUCUUUAUGGAAUAAUGACUCCAAUUUUUGGUCUUCAAACUAUUUUGGUUGGCUUGGGCGAUCUAUCUUCCUUGUUAAAAUCAUCACUUUCGAACCGCACAAACCAUCUCUCGCGCAUUGAAACCGAUGGAACACAUUCACCCUAAGCUUCGGCGAUAAAUCUAUGUGCUUCAGAGGCACUUUUUUCAAAAUAAAUAAGUAUAGCAAAACUACACGGAUAUGACGCUUUGUUGGCACAAAAUUCAACGUUUCAGAAGCAAAAAAAAAAAACUGAAAAAAGGUGGAAAUAAAUCUGUAACUUCUGAAUGGAUAGCCCGAUUUUAAAAAAUGUGCCAUGGCUAUAGAGUAGAUGUAGAUAAGUUAAAGUUUGACAUGCUCAAAGAAGAAGUGUUGGCGAGUUUAAAUUUUGAAUUCUGACCGCAUGGGCCCACCAGGGGUGUGGAUAGGGGUUUCCAUAGUAGGACCCUUCGGGUAUGUUCAAUUUUUAAAACGAUCCUAUUUCUUCGUCUGUGUUUUAUAUCAUCUGCUUCGAAUGUAUUAAUUCCUUGUGUACUGUGGAUGUCAUUGGUAACCAAAGAUACAAAUCUGAAAGCAUAUAUCACCAUUAAGCCAUAUAGUGUUUUCAUUUCGAAAAUUAUCUUCCUUUCUUCUGCAUUUCUGACAUUUUACUUUUAAGUAAUUGUAGACAAAAUGGCGGAAAUUUAGCCAAAUUUCAAAAGUUAAUUUUUUUUUAGCUCAGUAACCUAGAAAAAAUUAAAUUACUCAGAAAGCGCAAAAAUGCGCAGUAUGAAAUAAAAUGAAAUGAAUUCACAACAUUUCAA